AGAUCUUCCAAUGAGAAGAGAAAGAAUAGAGUUUGAGUGAUGAGUUUACUCCAAAAUUCAAACCAUUGUGGAUAAGAUUUCUUUUUUCUUAAAAAAUAAUUUUAAAAGAAAAAAUCCCCAAGCUCCCACCCACCACUGCCCCCUUCCACAGCUCAAAGCUAUGGCUGGGCUCUCCGGCAGUUUCCCUUUCAAAUCUCUCUUAUCCCAAUCCUCCGCCGCUUCCACCACCACCUCCCCCGCCGCUGCCCCAACUUCCUCCUCUUCCACUACUCCCUUCCGAACCUCAACUCCCUCUCUUCCCAUCUCCUCCUCCUUUAAUUCCAAUGCCUUCAAACUCCGCCUUCACAAAUCCAACUCUCUACGUCUCGUCUUUUCCUUUCCCGUUUCCUCUCCGAUUCGUACUUCUGUAUUCGCUCGACUCGGCGGCGCUCCUCGAUCUUCAGGACCGCCUGAUUCUAAGCGCUCUAACGAUGAAUUUGGUCUCGAUGUUUCCGCCAUCAGGUCAAAUAAUGUGAGGCUUAUCGAUGCUCAACAGAAUAUGGUUGGAGUUGUGUCGAAGGCCCAGGCCAUUCAGAUGGCUGAAGACGCUGAACUUGAUUUGGUUGUAUUAUCUCCUGAUGCAGAUCCUCCGGUUGUCAGAAUAAUGGAUUACAAUAAAUAUAGGUAUGAACUGCAAAAAAAGAAAAGAGGACAACAGAAGAAAAGUGCUGCAACUCGCAUGGAUUUGAAAGAGCUUAAAAUGGGUUACAACAUCGACCAACAUGAUUACUCUGUCCGUUUGAAAGCUGCAAAGAAAUUUUUAAAAGAUGGAGACAAGGUUAAAGUUAUAGUGAACCUGAAAGGUCGUGAAAAUGAGUUCAGAAACAUAGCAAUUGAGCUCAUCAGACGUUUCCAGGAAGAAGUUGGGGAGCUUGCAACCGAAGAGGCCAAAAACUUCAGAGACAGGAAUAUAUUUAUUGUUCUAGUCCCUAACAAGGCUGUUCUUCAAAAGGCUCAAGAACCUCCCAAGAAAAAAGAUAAACCUGCAGUUAAUGAAGUUUCUGCUGGUGUUUAAGCUCAGGAAUCGUCGAGCUUUCGCCAAAAAUAGAUGGGUUAGUUGCAACAUUCUAAAUCUUCUUCUACCAUAUAGAAAUUUGAGAGUUUAAAUGUAUAAUGUUUUUGUUUAAUCUUAUGCAUCAAACUGUUGUUCGUCCUAUUUUUUUAGUGGAAUGUUUAGAAAUCAGAUGUGUUACUAAUUCUUUAGAAAACAUCAAUUCAUAUAACCAUCCUUUGCUCUGA